AUGGUAGGGAAACAAAAGGUCAACAAAUAUAUUCCACCAUUAAAUUUCUCACCUGUAAUAUCCACAGAAGUAUCAUUAUAUAGAUCUGGAUAUCCAAUGCCAAUUAAUUAUAGUUUUAUAAUGGAUCAACUUCAUUUAAAGACUAUUGUAUAUGUUGGUGAUAAGAAUAAAAUAUCUGAAGAAUAUUUAAAUUUUUUAAAAGAACAAAUGAUUCAAUUUGUUUAUAUACCGAUGGAAUCUUGUCGAGAUGAUGGAAUUAACAAAGAAAUUGAUAAAGUAUUAGAAAUGAUUGUUAAUGUUGAUAAUUAUCCAAUGUUAAUUCAUUCAAAUAAAGGGAAACAUCGUGUUGGUAUAAUUGUUGGAAUUGUACGAAAAAUUUUACAAGGCUGGAGUAUUGCUUCAAUAUACCAAGAAUAUGGGUUAUUUUCCGGUGGACUUAAAGAUGAAGCAGAUUUAGAAUUUAUUACAAUGUUUAUAAGCCAUUUAGAAGUUUAUAAAGAUAAAAUGCCAAAAUUUGUUCGAAUGUAA